CGUCAGCAUUAGUCCCAGGACCCUGAAGGACCCCGAAUGGAUGUUCCAGGCCAAACGGUUAUUGUACCUACACCGGGCCAGCAAACAAAUGGCUAAGUAUGUCGAGCCUGUGAGGUAUUGGAGCCAGGGUGAGAGUGGGUUUUGUUUCAGCUUUUAUUUUGUUACUUCCUGUAUCUCACAUGUCCUCUCAUUUCAGUUUUCUUGACCUUCCCUCAGUGUGUUCACCUGCCCUCCCUGAUGUGCGCACCUGUUUGUAAUUUUUUAAUCAAUCCUCAUGCUUAAGGUCUGCGUCUCCCCUGCCCUUGUUGCCAGAUUGUUUUGUGCUGUUCACAGAGUUACAUUAAUCUUUUGUCUUAAGAGCGAAGUAACAAUUAAAUUCGAGUUUUCAUUGGAAAAUCCUGCGUCCUGCAUUUUGUGUCCACCUUGUAUCCUGACAGAGCCCUGCAGAUACUAAGAUAAGCAGCUAGAGAUGCAUUAACAACAUGUGGACUCGGCCAGUUCCAGUGUGGAAAUGGGAGAUGCAUCACGAUAAGAUGGAUAUGUGAUGGCGGCGUCGACUGUGGAAAUGGCACCGAUGAACUUCCAAGCACCUGCUUGGCAAGAACAUGUAAACCUACAGAGUUCAAUUGUGGAGACCGCUUUCACCUGUGUUUACCGAGCUCCUGGCGCUGUGAUGGUAAAGCUGACUGUGAGAACAGAGCUAAUGAGAGGGGCUGUGGUAGGCUUGCACUUCAUCUUAAUGCACAUCUGCGCUCGUCUGCCUCUCUCUGACCUCUCAAACACUAAACAGUGUUUAGCCUCAGACUUGCGCUGCGAGAAUGGCCAGUGCGUCUCAGCUUCCUUUGUGUGUGACGAAGAUGAGGAUUGCGAUGAUGGGAGUGAUGAGGCCUCCUGCCCUCCCAUCACCUGCAGCUCUGCAUCCUUCCAGUGCAACAACAGCAUCUGCAUCCCUCGCCAGUGGGCCUGUGACGGUUACAACAACUGCCCUGAUGGCUCAGACGAGUGGCCCCAGAGCUGCCACGCCGAAUCCCCCGUGACGCUCGCCUCUCAUCAGUGCCACUCGAUGGAGUUCCACUGUGGCAGCGGAGAGUGCAUCCACGGCAGCUGGAAGUGGGAUGGAGAUGCUGACUGCUUGGAUGGAUCUGAUGAAACUGGCUGCACUCGCUCCACCUGCUGUCCAGAUGAGUUUGAAUGUGGCGAUGGAACCUGCAUCCACGGCAGUCGCCAGUGCAACCAGCAGUACGACUGCAGAGACACGACUGACGAAUCCGGCUGUGUCAACGUGACCCGCUGUGAGGGCCCGGACAAGUUCAAGUGCCGCAGUGGGGAGUGCAUAACCAUGGAGAGAGUGUGUGACAGCAAACGGGACUGCAGGGAUUGGUCAGAUGAGCCUCUUCGGGAAUGUGAGGCACCAACACCUGCAGGACCAUCGCAGUCAGAAUCUCCAUCCGCCUCCACAACCCGUCUGCCUCUCAGGACGUCACCUAGAGCCACGUUGAAUCCCAGACUCCACCACAGCAGCGCCGGUGGUGAUCACCAGUACCACCCCCAGGGCUGUAACCCACACCACCCCAAGGUCACAGACACAGAGGACCACCAAGCCUUCAAUCAGGAGCACCAUACCACUCCCAAAGACCACUACUCCCAGGCUGAUCGAUCUGAAAGUCCUGCAGACCUUCACAGAGGCUCCAACCACCUCUCUGGAAAGCAAACGUGGGCUUGGUGUGACUCUUUACUCGGUCCUCCCUCUGGCGGUUCUCUCUCUGUUGGCUGUUGGUGGCGUGCUGCUGUGGAGGAACUUCAGGUUGAGAAGCUCCAACACCAUCCACUUUCAUAACCCUGUUUAUCAGAAAACCACAGAUGACCAGGUGCACAUUUGGAAAAGCAACAGCCUUGACGGUUACUCCUACCCAAAAAGGCAAGUUGUGAGCGUGGACGAAGAAACCGACAAUCCCACCUUCACUGAAAACUGAAUGCUGUCUUAAGGUGGAUUUGAUGAUGAUGAUCAGUGUUUUUACCUCAAAUGAACAAAGAGGUGAAGCCUGAAUGUUCCAACCACUGAAUCCUCACAAACAGAUGGUUUGUCUGCAGCCCAACAAGUUUUAAUCCCACAAGAAAACAUCUGAAUGCUCAUCAAACAUCAUUAAUUUCUCAGGUUGAUUUUUCCUCUCUUGAUGUUCAGACUCUGAUAGUUGAUGAGGGGAAAAGUCUUAUGUUGCUGAUCAGGGAACAGUUUUGGUUUAUACACAACAAACCACUUUUCUUUUUUCAGACGAAGAUGGAUAAAUUGUAUUUUUAAAGCACAUGAAGUCAAAGAUGAAUGUAACCUCACAGAAAACACUCAUCAUCAUGUGGUCGUGCCUUGAUUAUACCAUCCUCUGUCUGGGCUCCCAGAUGUUCCCUCUGCAUCUGUAAGAGCUUCCACUCUCCACAUGCUUGUCGGUGGAUUGGACAGAAACCUUUAAAUGAUUCUUUUUUCAUGUUGUUAAAAAGCUUUGAUGCCACCAAACCGCUGUACCGUGGCACAUGUAUUUGUGUCCCCGUCAUGCCAGCAUUCCUGUUCAAAUGGCUCUUGGGUCUCCCCGGUGUUUGCGUGUUUGGCUUUUUUUCCCCUUCAAAUUCUCCUUGUCUGGGAACAGGUACAGGGAGGCAACAACACCCCCCCCCCCCCCCCCUUUGGAUCUGUAUUUGUGUUGUGGGAGUAAAUAAGCAUGAAUGGUUGAAAAGUGAGGGUGAAACAACGGACGAGGGUUUCUGGGUUUGUCAGCUUGUGAGGACUAAACGGCACAUGAAUUCUGUUUCCAUUCAGCUUGUAAAUAUGUUUAUAAGUGUACAGAAAUGUGUUCUGUACUGGUUUUGUUAAUGAUUGAAUGUUCUGUAAAUAAAUGCUGCUAUUUAUUAUAGAA